CCGGUGUUAGAGUCAGAUACCUGCAUUCUGGCAUUAUGUUGUUGGACGUUACAACUGUUAUUCUUUGACUUUGAGUAGUUUCAAUCACUGAAUCAUGAAUCCCAAUAACUUCAUUGUGGUACCAGCUAACAAACCUGUCACUUCUGUCAAGUUAAAAGCAAGAAAACUUCGGGAGUUACGGUUAGAAACUGCUCAACUGGAACUAGAUAGUGAUGUAAUGGAACAAAGAUUGCAGCAACUUCGAGAAGCCAUGAGUAAGGAAAAGGAGGAAAGGGAACGAGCAGGACUAUAUCAUUGGAGAUCUGGACAGACGGGGAACCUUACAAAUCAUGCACAGGUAGUGUUGAGGAAUAAAGACAACUUUAAUCAAAAGAUAACUUCUGGAAAGACAAAAAUCAAAAUACUGAAGGACCAGUGUAAAGAGCCUCCAAAACGUGAAUCCUCCAGUGUACCAGUUUGUGAAGCUGAAAGGCCAAAAGUCAAGGGGAAGUUAUGUGGACAGUGUGAGAUCAGAAGUCCUGCAUUGGUUUGUGUGGAGUGUGGAGAAGAUUACUGUUGCAGCUGUUUUGCUAAAUUCCAUCAAAAGGGGGCACUGAAGCUUCACAGGUUUUCCCCUUUCCAGACUGAGAAACAUGCAUCAAGCAAUUCAUUGCAUUUAGUCAGCCAAUUUAAAAAACAAAUUGAAUCUGAUGACCCUCCUGUGAAUACAAAGCAGUUUCUGAAGAAACCAUUUUCAGGAAGAAAACUUUCAUCUAAGAUAAAUGCACAACAAAAUGCUGAGGUUCUUACCCUAGAUCAAGAGGAUGGUAAAUCAGCUAUAAGUGUGCAAAGCAGCAGUGCGGAGGAUCUGCACGGUGGAUCAUUAUUAAAUGGCAGUUUUGAUGAGGAACAGUCAGCAAACGCAUUCCAAGAUGCAUUGAAAGAGUGGAGGGGAAGAAAACCUAGUGAAGCUCAGUUGUUUUCAGUUUCCAUAGGGACAUCACAAACAGAAAACAACCUGCAAAAUUCAAAACUAACAAAGGAAAUUCUGUUUAAAGAUCACAAUAUAACCUAUUUGGAGAAGUUGCUGCUCAAGAAACACAAAAGAACUCCAGAACAAUCAUUUCCAUAUGAAGUAAUGGAUGACCUGACUAUUUUUAUGUGCUCACCUUGUGAAGAGAAUGAGCAAAGUGAUGAAGAACUUUUACUGACAGGCUAG